GUGGUGUUGAAUGCUAGGUUGGUAGUGAUCUCUGCUUCAGUAUGUGUUUGAAGAAACCGAGCAAACGUUAAGCACUGAAUGAUAAUGGCUUAUCGACUGACCCAAGAGGAGUUGGAUCAACAGUUUGAACAGUUUUUAAAAGAGUCAGUGUCUGAUGACUCAUUUGAACUGGGAAACAGCUCUAAACCACCCAGUGUUCUUGAUCAGCUGGGAAAGAAACCACAGCCACAGGUGAAAAACAGCCAGGCAUCUGUACCUUGGUGGCAUGAAGAUGACAGUGAUGACGCUCAGGGACGAGGUAUGGUGGCAGCUGGGAGAACUUUUCAUAAGUCUUUAAGGAAGUCUCAGUCUAUCAAGGAGGUUGAUGAAGAUCAGACCAAAGAGCAACAUUUUGAGGAUGAGCCCAAAGCAGAAGCAGUUACCUUCACCAGAGACAGUCUCGAGCCAGAUGAUUCACUAACAGUCUCUGGAUCUGCAACGAGCACAGCAGCUCCAGGUCUGGCUACUGUAAAGGAGGAAGAGGAGGAGAAAGCAAGGUUUUUGGCUGUCCUGGACAGGGAUGCUGUAGAGUCUGCAGAUGGAGGAAUGGACAAAGUGCAGGAAUCUUGCAGUUCCUCUUCUAUGUCUCCUCAAAGGGAAGAUGAUGCUGCUGCUUUCACAAAGCAGGACCAAACUGAAGAGGAAAAAGAUCUGCAUUCUGUUCGAGCCUCUCCAGCAUCUCCUGCUUACAGCGAUGAUUUUGAGGAUGAGGCAAGUGAAAAGGAACCUGAGGAGAAGAAGCCUGAAAGGUGUGGCAUGCUGGCUAAAGUGUCGCUGCAUGACUCUCUGAACUUGUCGGACGUCCUUCAACUGCCGGCUGUUCACAGCAAUGCUGCAGAAGGAAUGGACUUGGUUGUUUCCAGUAUGGCACAGGCAGCAGGGCCAAGUGCCACAGGGCAGUCAUAUGGUCAGAGUGGUGCGAGUGAGGUAGAGGCUCUGCAGGAAGCCUACAGACAGAUUACUCACUUAAUGGGGGAAUGUGAGGAACAAGAACAGGAGCGCUGCAGGAGUCCCCCAUCACCCACCAUUUCAGAGGCUUUGAGGAAAACUCUUCAGCAUGCUUCCACUGCAGAAUCAGAUUUACCCACUGCAGAAGAACUGAUGUGUGCUAUCAGGCCUGACUCUGGAUUUACCUAUAACUUGCAUCUUAAAGCCCUGAGUGAGGAACCGGAAGCCACAGACGCUAAAUCGUUGAAUUCAGAGGGUCAAGCUGCAGAAACUGAAAAUGCAGACUCCCCUGUGGCUCACAGAGUGGUGGAUAGUGAGAGUCCUGCAGUAAUGGAGUCAUGUCAGUCAUCCCCCCAUCACAUACACAUGAGCAUUGCUGAACAGGUAAAAAUGCUCAUGCAGGAGAAUGAUGACACCACUGAAACACAGCCCACUGUGUUCAGCAAGGACAAGAGGAGGCAGGUUCCUUCCAGAUCCACCACCACAGCUCAAUUUUCAAAUCCCUCCAGAAGAGCUCCAGUCCCAGCUGCACGUAGUAAGAAACAAGAGACCAGGCCAUUACCCAAGGCAUCUACAACCAGCAGGCCUGGCACUUUAGCUAAACCUCCCUCUCUAACAGCUCAAAAGAAGAGUCAGAACCAGAGGUCCAACAGAAAGACGACUCUUAGCCAGACACACGUAGUCAAAGGUCGAGACUCUGGUUUAGCAGUAAGGGAUGACCUCAUUUCAUCAGUACAGUCUUUUGCAGAUUUUCUCCAGCAGCAACUGGAUGAGGAUGGUCUGAACAUGCACUCUCUAGGCUGUUCAGACAGCAGCACACAUCAGCCAAAAAGUACACUAGGAAAUGAGGAACCUGCCGAUGGGGGUCAUGACUUUCAGUUGGAGCGCAUGUCCCUGGAGCGUCUGCGACUGCAGCUGGCACAGAAAGAGAGACAGCUCAGCCUCAGAGAGGAGCAGCUCCAGCAGGAGCACAGCAAGGAGAUCAGUGCACUCAAACAAGAGAACUACAUGCUGCAGAGCAAGUUGCACAGUGCGGAAGAAGCCAGCAAGAAGCAGAGAUGGGCUUUUGGUGAGGCUUCAGAUCCAGUAACUGAAGAGAAACUCAAACAGAUUGAAAAAGAGAUGAAGGAGCAGGAGACUCUAAUUCAAGGCUACCACUCGGAGAAUGAGAAGUUGUAUCUGCAGAUGAAGACCCUCCAGAUGCAAAAUAAGCAAAAUGAAGAGGUCAUGUUUGCAGAGAAUCAGAGACUGCUUUCUGAACUAGCCUUUACUAGGGAGCAGUUAAGUAAGCGUGCUAGAGAGAAGACUGUAGGAAGUGUGGGUGUCACUGACCAAGGCUACAGGGUUACAGAGCUACAGGCUCAGGUGCACACUGCACAGAAGAUGGAAGCAGAACUGCAGGAGGAAAUUCACAGACUCAAACAAGAGAAGCAGGUGCUGCAGGUGGAUUUGCAAAUGAUGAAAAAAGAAAGGGACUUGGCAAAGGCACAAGCAGUUUCCACCUCAGGUGAUAAGAACUUUGAAUUAAAGCUGCUGGAGGAAAGACAUAAGGAAGAGGUUGCAGCACUGAAGAAGAGGCUGCAGUGGUACGCUGAGAACCAAGAACUGCUGGACAAAGAUGCUGUCAGACUCAGAGCAGCCAAUACUGAGAUACAGAGACUAACUGAGCAGGUGGAGAAGCUAAAGAUUGAGGUAUCCAAACAAGCCAAUCAGCACCAGAAGAAAGUGAAGGAGAGAGCUGGUCAGGCCAAAAAAAUUCAAGACCUUGAACGACAGGUGAAGGAGAUGGAGCAGAUUUUGAGACGGAGGCACCCAAACUCAUUGCCUGCCCUGAUGUUUGCUGCUGCAGCUGCAGAUGGGGAACUGUUAGGUGAGGGUCACGUAUGUACAGCUCCUCAGCCCUCACAAACCACAGCACUGCUAGAGAGGCGCAUCCUCAGACUGGAGGCUGAGCUCGAGGGCCGCGAUGAGGAGGCUAAACGCUCACUCAGAGCCAUGGAGCAGCACUUCCAAAGAAUCAAGCUCCAGUAUGAGCUCCAGAUCUCUGAUCUUGAGAAGCAACUAGUUGAGCAUCAAAGCCCUGAGCACCUGAAUAAUUCAGGUAAGAAGUCAGAAACCCAGCCCCACAUAUUACAAGAGGAGCUGGAACAGCUGAAAGAGGCACACAAGAGUCAGCUGAGUGUUUUGAAGUCUGAGGUGGCCUCUCUGCAGGAGCAGCUUUGCUUGGCUCACUCCACAACAGAGCCCGAAAAGUGCUCACGGCACCAGAAGCAAGCGGAAUCUGCUCAAGCCGUCCGUAUGGAGCGCCUUACACAGGAACUCGCCACCAAAAGCCGCACAAUCCAGGAGCUGAAGCGCACCGUGGAGCGACUGCAGAAAGAGAGGAAAGGCAUGUUGUUGAGUCCAAAACCCAAGUCAUUUAAUCUUCAAACCAAACAAGUGGCCAACAAUCCCAAUACUGUUCCUGCUGAGAUUUUUCCAGCUGUGCAUGAUGAGAAAGACUAUCAGCCUAGAGCUUUUUCAGGCUCCCAUAUUACAGAGGUUCAGCAGGAAAAUCAAAGGCUGAGGACCAGACUGGAGCUGCUGGAGCAACGAUGGGAGGAGGAAAGAGUCUCACUGCAGACUGCUGCCUCACAAGAACAUGCUAAACUCCUGAGCUGUUUUGUUUUUAGGGUUCAGCAAGAUGGUGAGGAGCAGCUGCUUUUGCUCAAAGCUGACCACCAAAAGGAGCUAGAACGCCUGGUGGCUCACCACGCCCUGGAGAACUCCACUUCCAAAGUUUCUAAACUCACAAAUCAAGUGAAGUCACAAGAGAUAAUGGUUCUCCAUUUGCGUGAGCAGCUAAAAGAGCUGCAGAGAAUUAAAGAGGCCCUUGCUGUGUCUAAACUUAGAGAGGAGACCUUACAGAGCCAGCUAACUAAGCUUUUGGAGGAGCUAAAACAAGCAAAAGAGGCUCAUAGUCCUGAGCUGAGACACUUUGCCAGCUUAGAGCGGAAAAUCCAUACCAUGGAGCUUAGAUACAAUCGACGUGAGCAAGAACUGCAGCAGAUGAUAGCUCAGACACGGUCAGUGGUGGAGCAGGAGCAGCAGGCAGAGGUUGCUCGCUGGAAGAGACUGGCUCAGGGAAAAAGCAGUGAACUGGAAGCUUUCAGACUGGAGCUAGACUCUAUACUGGAUGUUCUUCGAGAGCUCCAGAAGCAAGGUGUGGUUAUUCCUGCUGCACAGCAGUCUUCUGCUUCUGGCUACAUAUUCCGACCUCUUAAAUCCUGACGUCUCUAUCAUCAGCAUUUACUCUCAGGUGGAACGGUUCGGGACCUUUCUGUGUGGAGUUUGCAUGUUCUUCCCGUGUCUGUGUGGGUUUCCUCUGGGAGCUUCGGUUUUCUACCGCAGUCCAAAACAUGCAGUCCGGUUAAUUGGAGCUACAGAAUUGUCCGUGACUGUGUUUGAUUUUAAAGACUUGAACUGAAGCAUCCUGUGUAACGAGUAACUACCUGUAGAAUGUUACCAAAAUAUGUAAAACAUGACGUUAAAAUCCUAAUAAAUACAUC